CAGGAGUGCUCCUCGUCUGUCAGCCAAAUUCUCCUUUGGGUGGAGAGACAAGCUUCAUUGGCAAAUGCACUGCUUUGCUGACGUUAAUUGGGGAGAGAUUUACUUGUUUCAGAACGAUGUGCAGGCUGCUGUGGGACCUAUCCGGUGUCGCCCUACAUGGAGGAAAGACAUUGACAAUUGAAGAGCUCCCAGAAGACUUGCCAGACGGACUGUACCAUCUGGUUGACCGGUUCCUGCAGAGAAUGAAGCAAAGCACCUAAGAAGUGGUAUCGGGAAUCUUCCGACGGGAGAUUUCCGACUCGCAAUCCGCUCGUCCAGCCGGAUCAUGUAUACAUAUACCCCACAAAUAAACGAUGAUAGCUCCUGCACUAACCCAUUCUCUGACUAUCCACCAGUUCCAUUCCUAUUCCAACGAAGCACAGUCAACAUGGCACCCAGCAUCGCUGAAUCCCCAUCACCAGGCGGUACUUCCACUGCCCAGAAGCCCACCGUUUACGUGCUCGACACCUUCCCCCCCAAAGCCAUCGAACACGCCCGCACCCUCUUCCACCUCAUCCAACCCAGUGACCCCGAGUUCCAACACUGGCGACAAAAUGCCCGAGCCCUGCUGAUCCGAGGCUCGUACGUAACCGCCGCCGACAUUGCCAGCUGCCCCAACCUGGUCGCCAUCGGCAAGCACGGGGUGGGGAUCGACAAGAUCGACCAGGCCGCAUGCCAGGCCCGUAACAUCCGCAUCCUGAACACCCCCGGCGCCAACGCGCGCGACGUCGCCGAGCUGGUCGUGACGCUGGCCCUGGCUGUGGCGCGGGGGAUCCGCUCCAUCACGACGCGGCAGAUGGUCAAGCCCGUCCCGAAGGAAACGUGCAACGGGCUCACGCUCUACGGCAAGACCAUCGGGAUCAUCGGGAUGGGCAACAUCGGGCGCACGGUGGCGGAGAUCUUCCACGGGGGGUUCAACGCUCGCAUCGUCGCGUAUGAUGCCUACAUGCCCGCCACCGGGGUCUGGGAGCAUCUGCCCCAUGUGCGCGCCCAAAGCGUCGAGGAGGUGAUUGCGCAGGCGGAUGUGCUGUCGCUGCAUGUGCCGCUGACAGAGGAGACGCGCGGGAUGCUGUCCUAUGCAGAGAUCAAGAGCAUGAAGCCGGAUGCCAUCCUCAUCAACGCGGCCCGGGGAGGCAUUGUCGAUGAGGCAGGGCUCGAGCGCGCUCUGUCUGAAGGCCAUCUUUGGGGUGCAGGGCUAGACUGCCACGAGCAGGAGCCUCCCAGUCGAGAGAAGUACGGGGCGCUCUGGGAGAAUCUCAAUGUCAUCAGCACGCCGCAUAUUGGGGCGGCCACUUCGAGGGCGCAGCUGGCGAGCGCGACUGCUGCGGUCGAUAAUUUGCAUGCGUAUCUGUCCACAUUAUGAUCGGGAUAAGCAUGUUGUUUUUCAAGUCGGUCUGUUAGAGGUUUCUGUGUUUUUUGUUGUUAGAUCCUGUCUCUUGGCGUCAAGGUGCAGUUCAUUCAUAGUCAUGUUAUCAAUCCUAGAAGUCUUGGGUCGUGUCCUACCCAAUCUGCAC